GCUGGGAGAGGUCCGCGCUGCUCCGGGAGAGCCGUGUGUCAAUCUCUCUGUUAUCUGGGAUCAAAGGGAAGCAGAGCCCAUCGAGCAGCUGUGACCUGGGAGCCUUGUCCCUAGAGCUCCUUGGGAUUGGGGUUAAGUGACUGGCACAGGGGAAGCCCUGGCAUUGGGCGAUUAGAUCCUUUCCAUCUCAUCUCCAUCCGUAGCCGGCAGGCAUGGCGCUGGAUUUCUUUGCAGGAUGCGCAGGAGGUGCAGCUGGUGUGCUAGUUGGACAUCCAUUUGAUACCGUUAAGCUAGGGGCUGUCUUCAUUAACAGCAAAAGUGUUACUUUGUUGUAGAUGAGAGAUAAGCCUCCCCACGGAGAGUUACCUCCAAGUACGUCUUCAAGUUCAGAGUGUAUCAAAUGCCAAGUAUCGCGGGACCCUUCACUGCUUCCAGUCCAUUAUCAAGCAAGAAAGUACUAUGGGACUCUACAAAGGAAUUGGAUCACCCAUGAUGGGACUUACAUUUAUCAAUGCCCUUGUGUUUGGUGUUCAAGGAAACACCCUAAGAUAUUUAGGCAAAGACACUCCAUUAAACCAGUUUCUUGCUGGUGCCGCCGCAGGCUCUAUUCAGUGCGUCAUCUGUUGCCCCAUGGAAUUAGCUAAAACAAGACUGCAACUUCAGGGAACAGGGGAAUACAAAUCAAAGUCAAAAACGUACAAAAAUUCUCUGGACUGUCUGUUGAAAAUCUACCGCAAGGAAGGUCUACGGGGCAUUAAUAGAGGGAUGGUAACCACCUUUCUUAGGGAGACCCCGAGUUUCGGAUUUUACUUCUUGACAUACGAUUACCUAUCAAGGUAUCUCAGUUGUGAAAUCAAUGACACUUUCAUUAUUCCCAAGCUUUUGUUUGCUGGAGGAAUGUCUGGGAUCGUAUCUUGGCUCUCCACCUAUCCCAUUGAUGUGAUCAAGUCAAGACUUCAGGCAGAUGGCAUUGGAGGAGUGAACAAUUAUAAUGGGAUAAUGGACUGUGUUCGAAAGAGUUACAAAGAGGAAGGCUGGAGAGUGUUUUCACGAGGCCUGACCUCUACCUUACUCCGAGCCUUUCCGGUUAAUGCGGCUACAUUUGCUACAGUCACCCUGUUCCUUAUGUACAUGAGAGGAGAAAAUGAAGUAAAUGAAUGUGAGGCUGGUCCAGCCAUCCAGCAGCCAAAUAGCAUGUGAAUGCAUUUUAGCAAAUAUGACCAUAAUUCUCUGAGAGUUAUUUUUAUAUAUGGGAGCUGUAUAAUUUGGAUGUACAUAACUAUUAUAUAUAGUUUUUUUUAUGCAUUUAGACAGGAUUUCAUCUCAUUAGUUUUAUCAUAGACUAGGCCUUAAUUUAAAAUAUUUCUGGAAUGGGGAGGUCACAUUUAUGGAGAUUCCUUGUAGAUCUACUACAGUAGAGGGUAUUGCUAAAGGUUGCUGAGGUAUGGUAUGGGUAUCGGGACCUUCCAGCAAAAAAGUAACUUAUGUCUUCAAUAUCCAUUUUUAUAGAAUUCCUGCUACUCUCAAUGCAUUCAUUACUACCAGUGUCGGACUGGGAUGCCAGGGGCCCACCAGAAAACCGUAGGCUGAGGGCCCACUUUCCAAACUAUUAUACCUCCUCUCCUCACUCAACCUCGUUAUUCUUCUAGUUUCUUUUCUCUACAUACUAUGGUUUAUUCUUCCAUUUUUAAGUUCCCAUAAAGAAAUAGGCCAAAUGGUCAGAAGCAAGAGGCCCACUGACACCUGGGCCCACCGGUAGUUUUCCUGGCAUCCCUGUGGGACAGUCCGACACUGAUUACUCCAGAUAUGGGAACAGCCGUUAUCCAUACUGAUGUAUGCCAAAUUCUCUUUUCAGCUGCUACAGCUGAUUCUAAAUGUUACAUUACAUGGUAUGCUACAGUCAGUCUUCAGUUCCAGAAAGAUAAAACAGGUAUGGGAUCUGUUAUCCGGAAACCUGUUAUCCAGAAGGCACCAAAUUAUAGGAAGUCCAUCUCCCAUAGACUCAAUUUUAAUCAAAUCAUUAAAUUUUUUUAAAAUGAUUCCCCAUUAUCUGUAAAAAUAAAACAGUACCUUAUUCUUGAUCCCAAGUUAGAUAUAAUUAAUCCUUAUUGAAGAAACAGCAAUGCUUCUGGGUGCAGUUAAAGGAGAAGGAAAGGUUAAAACUAAGUAAGCCUUAUCAGAAAGGUCCACCUAAAUAUACCAGUGAACCCUCAAAGAAGUGCUGCUCUGAGUCCUCUGUCACAAGAAACACUGUUCCCUUCUCUGCUGUAAUCUGAGCCCAGAGCUAUAAGUGAGCAGGGAGAGACUCAGGCAGGAAGUGAAGUCACACCAAGCUAAUACUGCAGCUGCUAUCUUAAACAAACAGAGAGCUUCUACAGCUUUUUACUCAGGUAUGGUAAAGCAUUCUACAGAAUAAAUAUAGCAUUCUAUCUUGCACUACUGCAUCUAAUCUACUGCCAAUAAAAUGCCUCUGUAGCAUUCCUUCUCCUUUAAUGUUUAAAUUGUUUUUUUAGAAGGCUUUAGUUAUGGAGAUCCAAAAGACCCCUUAUCCAGAAAACUCUAGGCCCGAUCAUUCUGGAUAAGAAUCCCACACCUGUAUCACAUAUCAACAGUCAUUACCAUUGAAAUAAAGCUGCUUCUCUUAAAUGGCCAGUAACACAACAAAAUGUAAAUGGCAUAUGAAUGAAUUUCUUGUAUGUGAAGCAAAAGUCCUGUUAUUUAUUACAUUGCGUGCUUUCUCUCGGCUGUAGUGUCUGCAGACAUUGUGUAUGUGGUGUCCAUGUAAAUAGUGAAUAAAUCCAUGUUCAGAUGCUUCAUCUUCACAACCUGGGUCAGAAAGCCUUACAAGAUGAAAGUAUUUUACAUAUAAAUGUGCUUUCUAAAAAUGCUGUAGAAUGUGAAUAUGCAGAAGUCAUUUACAUUUUCUGCUAUUACUGGUCUUUUAUGAGCAAAUACAAUCAUAUAUUUGACUUAUGGUUCCCCACACUAAACACAGCCCUGCGUUUUAAUUUAUUUAUUUUUGUAUUCCUAUCUCUACUGAGCCAGUUGUUGACUUCACAACCUUAAAUCCGUCUGUUACAUGUCCUAUACAAACUGCACUGAAAGGACAAGGGCAAUGCAGAGCCUCCAGUGCUAUCUUAUCAAACUUUUGGAAGUGCUCAAUACAUUACUCAAUAGCUCAGAAGGUAUUGUAGUCUAUGCAAUGUUGUCCCAAUACAAGCAUAAUAAUCAUACACAUACAUGGAACUAGAUUGAUACUACUGGCCACUCAGGUGCUCCUUUAGGGUUCUUAAGAUUGUGUGAACAACCAAAACCCAACUUUAGCAAAAGCUAUUCAUUGGCUGACUUGGAUAAAGUAGAGUUUUUAUAAUGAUAUCCACCUUUUGCAGCAUUUGUUUCAUGCCUAGGCCUGAGCUGAACAUGCUUUUUGCCUAUUGUUUUAAUUAGGAAAUAUCAAAUGGGUUUUGUACUAAAAAGGGCAAAAUCUGAAAUUGAAAUUAAAGGAACAGUAUACACCUAAAAAAACGUUGCUUAAAAUGAGACUUGUGUUGAAAUUACACUCUGCCUAUUGUUUAAAUUUUAAAAGCAUAUCCAUAUUUUCCUAUUUUUUGCCAUUAUAGAGCACUCAUAUUAAAGUUGGGCUAUUUUCACUGACCUUACCCCCUUCUUUUAUAAAUAGGUCAAUUGAUUACAAACUCCCUCACCCUUAUCUAAGCAUUAGCCUUUGAGCAGAUCAUUAUCAGGGGCUUCUCAAUGGACUGGCAAUUUAUUUUAUCAGCUCCUUUGACAUUCUAAGGGACCGGACGUACUAAAGUAAAAGUGUUUACUAUUCCUUUAAAGUCACAUUCUGCUUCCUACUCUGCCAAGCACAAUGAAAACAAAUCAGAACUGAGAAGCACUUUGUAUAAACAAACCCCCUCUUUUCCCUAGUUGCAGUGUGUUAGACUUUCAGACAAGGAGCAGCUCAAUAUACAGAAUGACUGUUGACAGCAAAUACCCUAUUCAAGGCAAUAAUGUUGAAAAGGGGGAUGUACUUCCCCUUUAAUCAGGUUCUUGCCAACAGUGGGAUCAUUACAAUUUUAUACCUCCCAGCCAAUAGGCAUGCAAGGUGACGGACCUUCUCACAAGGUGGUUGGUGAGUGUGUGGUCAGCCUUUGACCUCUCACAUUACAGACUUUUAUGCAACUUGGUCAUAUGAGAUUCAGAUCAGUCAGUUGCUAAUACUAUGGGUGAGAAUGUAAUAAGGAUCCAUAGAAUUCAGACAAUGCGACUAUGAACUACAUAAUGUAGAAAGGCCCAGAACAUUCAGGUGGGUCUUUUUUUUGACCUAGUAGGAGCUAUACAUUGUAUUAAUAUCAGAGGUGUGAAUAAGGAGACAAAUAAUAAUACUAUGUUACUAUGUAUGUGUUCUUUUUCUACAUAGAAGCAAUUUAUGGUAGUGCUUUUGGCAGCCUGGCUACUGCUAGUAGGGAUUUCUGCAUGCCCUUUCCCCAAGGGAAUAUUUUUUUUUUUAGUAAUAAUGUCCAUUCUUCUCAUUUUGAGGGGGUCUAUUGAGCAAUAUGAAACCUCUAGAUUGUAAGCUGUCAUGGGCAGGACCUCUGUUUCUUUUGGUCUGUCUGAUCUUGACACAAAAUGGAUUUUCUUUGUUCUCUAUAAUGUUUUGUACAGUGCUGUGAAACAACCUUGCUGCUUUAUAAAUAAACUGUAAUAAUAUGUCUACUGAA